AGGACAGGGGUGUGUUAGGUACUGCCUCGUGUUCUUGUUCGUGGCAGAGUCUCUGAGUGCCAGGAAGGCCUUCCUUUCUCCGCUGCCUCCGUGGAGCAGAAGCUGCUUUGGCAAAGAGCUGCCAGCCUGCCUGCCUAGAUCCAGCCCUUUGCAGGGCUCAUCCUGCAGGCAGGGGCCAGGGAGGGAGGGGUGCUGCUAGAAUGGCUUCCAGGUAAAAGGACGGGGAGUGGGUUGGGAGCAGGAAGAGCUCUGCCUGCCUGCCUGCCUCUUGUGAUUCAUCCUCAGGCUCCUGUUACUUGUGCUGGGUUGUGGGGGGAGGAAUUGUGGGGACGGCUAUUUUUAGCAGGCACUCUGACUGGGUGGGUCUCCUUCCCCGCAGCACAUUGUCUGCCCCGCUGUCCUGAGCGCGCUGGCUUAGAGAUGCUGGUGCUCCAGCAGUUGGCAGAGGCUGUAUCGCCAGAGGCUUGCAAAGAGUGGCUUGGAGGGCUCUUUGGGAGCCCCCUUCCUUCAGUGGCUGGGAAAGAGGAUUCUGCUCGUGGUGCCCAUGGCCACUUGCUGCCUUGAGGUGGUCGCACCUUGCUCUCCCCCUUGGGAAAGAGAGACCCGGCCGGCUGGCAGGCUCUGGCACCUCCUUUCAGAGAAAUGGUGGACAGGGGAGCUGGCAUCCCGCUCCAAAGGAUGCUUAGUCCCCGGGAGCUCUGGUCCACAGCUACGGGGUGGAGAACAUUCAGCUCCAGAUGUGUUUGAGGGGCACAUUGCCCAAGCAAGUAUCGCCCACUCCGUGUGGCUUCGUUGUGUGAGCAUGGGAUCGAUUCUUGGGUCAAAGGCUGGCCUUGGUGUUUCCGGAGGAAAGUGGCUUUCUAGUCCUCAUUGGGGCAGCAGCAAAGCUGACCGUCUGAGGCUCCAAGGAUGUCAGAGCCAGCAUCUGGCUUCCCAGCCCAGAAUUCUUGGACCUCUGCCAGGGGCAUCAAGGUUCACCCAGCAGCCGAAGCACGACAGAUCCCGACCGGAAAACCUCUUGGGCAGCGGGCAUCUUGUUCCCUCUCUGUGCGCCUGGCCCCGUGCGCCUCCCAGCCAGAAAUAGGAAGUUCCCAGAAACUAAGCUGGGUGGUUCAUGCCCAGGUUAUUUUCUUAGCAGCACCCCUUCCUGUGGGGCUAGAAAAAGGGAACUGUGGGUGCUUUGCUUGACUGGGGCCCUUGGGGGGCUCUCGGGUUGCCCAAGCUGGAGUGGAGUGGGGUGGGAGGGCAGUGCCCACCUGGCAGAAUGGGCAGCAGGAGCAGGUCCAGCCAACAAGCCAUUGAGUGCCAGGAGGCCACCAGACGGCCCCCUCUCCUUUGCAUUUCCCUUUUCUCUUUCGCCGUCUCUUCCAGGUCCCUAGAGCAGGGUGAGGGGCUUCAUCCUGCUUGGGGCGGGGCUCUUGGGCGGAGUCCAAGCGUCGGCUGUUUCUUGGCAGCAAGUCCUACCCUCCAGCUACCAACUGUCCACCCGAGGCCAGUUGGUGGAAACGGUUUCCCAAGAAUGGGCAAGGGGCAGACGGGCAGCUGGGGCUGGACUCCCCAUUGGCCCCGGGGGCUGCAGGAGCCAGCUGCCCAGAGAGGGGAGCGGCGGGCCUCGGCCCCCAGCUUUACUUUCCCUCUCGCACAUGUGCAGAGUGCUUUUUUCCAGGCAGGCACUGGCAUAAGCCUUUCCAGCUGCCUUUCUUCAGAAGCUGUUUUUAAGAAGGGGGGGGAACCAAAGUUCCCCUCCCCCUCUACUUUGGAAGGUGCUCCCUGUCAGGGGCCUUGCAGGUUGUGGCUGGAGUCAGAUGCUGUCUGCCAAGGAAGGAGGGCAGCUCCUUUCGGGGGGGGGGAGCUGAGGCAGGCUGCAGACCCUUGUCCUGCCCACCCAAGGAGUUUCUGCUGCCUCCUGCCCCCCCCCAAGGACCAGUUGGCUGCGGGGGCUCCAUCUCUCCUCAGGAAUCUGGAGCGGUUGGUGAGAAGCCGCCUGUGUGGCAACUUUGUGCCCUUAAUCGCCUUAGCUGGGUCAGGCAGGCCAGCCGGGGCCCGUCCCUGGAAUGCAACUUGGAAAGUUGCAAAACUCUGCCUCCUGCCCCCCCACAUGCGGGCACCAUGUUGGCACCAGCAUGGGCUGCAGAGAAUCUGGGUCUUGGGCACGAGGGACACCUGGUGAAAGGGCAUCCUUUCCUUCUCCGGACUGGGUGGCUUGCCCUUGGAGCUGGGUGCCCGACUGGGAAAGGACGGGCCAGCGGAGGGGGAGGGGGUGGACCGGCAGGCCUUGCCAGCCCGGCUGCAGGAGAGGCAUCGGGCUUGUGGAGGGGUAAUUGGGAGGGGUGGAGGAUCUACCCCUCCCGGCCUGAAACGUGGGCUAAAUGGGAAAAGCCCUUUGCCCUUGACCUCCUGGCCGGAGGUGCUCCCUUGGUGCCUUGUGCCCCCAGCCUUGCAGCCCUUCCGGUGCGUGACAGGGCACUCCAGCCAUGGGGUCUCCUGUCCCUGUGAGCUGCCCCCCGUCCCCCUGCCCCAUCACAGCAUCUCAGUGCUGAGCUGAGAGAGACGUUUAGGACCACUUCUCAAGUCAACUCCCCUGUAAGAAUCCCGUGUUCGGGCUGCGUUCGUGUGUUUGUUGCCCUUCCUGGGAUUCAGCCUCCAGACUGGAAGAGAAGCCUGUGCAGUGGGGGGGGGGGCGGGUGUGAAGUUUGGAAGGAGAGCAAUGGCGCCCGAGGAGGGAACAUCCCUGGCACCUGGAAAGACGCCUGCUGGCUCCUCAGAGCCACCAUGCCCUGCACUGAUCUUCGGUGUCCGGAAAGGCCUCUCUUUGGGCGCAUGGUGGGUGGUGUGAGUGGUGUGCAUGGAAAUUGUGUGUACAUGGUGGAGGGGUGGGGGGAGUGUGUGCCUAUGCCAGGCGUUCCUCUGCCCCCCCUUCUUCCCAGGAACUGGCCAGCUGAGUGAGCCAAGGCCUUGUGAGGGCGAGUCACAGCUCGGCUGCCACCUUCCACUCCCCCCAUGCCCUUCCUUCACAGUGCAAUAAAGGCCUGGCCUGCUGUGGGGCGCCUCCGGCAGAGCAGCAGAGGUUAUGCUGCUUCCACUUCACCCUCUGAGUCGUAAGGAGAAAGAGAAAGGCUAAGCGGAGAGCCCGGACUGCCUGGGUCGCCGCCAGGGCCACUCACGGAGUUUGCCAUGAGCCACACGCGGGUCUCCGAGCGCCAUCAUAUCGUCUCUGGUGCCUUUGAAGGGGUGAGUAGCCGACGGCCUUGGAUUCUGCAGGUGCCUGUGGCUGGCAUCUCUAGCCACGUGCUGGCUGGUGGACUUGUAGGCUAAGCUGGGCCGUGGGGCCAUUGGCCUAAAUGGUCCAGACCAAGAGAACUCACAGGAGGGCGAGGGGGAGGGGGAGGUCAGGACCAGCCCCAUGGGAAGCCUCCCCAGCUCUCCCCAGGCUGCUUGCCCCUCCUCCCUCCCUCCCUCCCUCCCUCCCUCCCCGUACAGGUCAGUCUGUGGCGAUGGGAGCAGAGGGGCUCCAGCCUCCUCUCCCUGCUCCAGAUGUGUGGGGGGUGUUCCUGUCUCUUCACAGCUAUCAAAGGCCCAAGUGCCCCGGGGGGAGGGAGGAGUGCUGAGGGGAAGACCACCGUCCCAGCAGCCAAAGUGGGCGAGGGCAAGAAGGGGAAAGAGAUCUCAUUCAGCCUCACUCCUGCCUGGAUGUGGGGGGCGUGGGGGGGUUGGGGUGAGAAGAGCUGUCUUUCUGGACUGAAGCUCCUCCUCCUCCCUUGCCCCUCUCACCCCAGGAGACCAGCCCUUCUGCAGGAGGGAGGCUAAUGACUUGCCAGCCUCCCCGUGGGUUGCGCUGCAGUUCCCAUCGCCCAGCCUUGGUGAGGAAGCGGGUGGAUCCCAAAGGCCAUCUAGGCCAAGUCAGGGCUUCCUCUCCAAAGAAGGCAGGCCCGUCCCUGAAGCCGUCUGUGCCCCUCCAGCCUCUAUGGAGUACCCAGCAGGCCUCGCCUCAUGGUUAGAUUAAGCCAUUUUGGGGUUCCCCACAGUGAUGCACCCAGGAAUAUCAGCCCACGCUUAUGGGGCUUGGGAAGUUCCAGCCACCCAGUGGGCUGCUUGUGUCUCCAUGGGCCCCUUCAUCUGGGGCAGGACGUGCGGGCUGAGCAAUGGUCUAUAGGGAUGACCCCCCUCUCUUGAGGACUGGGGGGGCAGAAGGGGGGAUGGGUGAAUAACAGAAUUACCCGAGAGGGACCAUGCACAAAUGGGGCCGCUUGGUGGGACCCAGGUGUUCUUGGGCUGAGCCGCGAGCUGCCCCGGCUCAGCCAGGACCCCUUCUUACAAGCUGGGUGGGGGGGAAGCUCUGUCCGUGUGUGGAAGGCUUGACCAGAACCAUGGCAGCCGCUGUGGGAAAGGGACACUGGCUGGAACUGCAAAGCAGUCUAGGGGCGCCCGACCACAGGCGCAGCUGCUGGGUCCUCUGGCGGGCCUUUGGCUCCGUCAUGGACCCAAAGAGGGCUGGUGACGCUGCCGCGUUGCCCGCACCACUGCCCAAAGCGAGGCCCGGCAGGUGAGUUAAUGGUUAAGCUUUUGUGGGGGGCUUCUGUGCCAUGGACCAGCCUGGAGCCUAUGAAGGAUCUGCUGGCAGCCCA